AUGAUCGCCACAUCUGAUGAGGAUUGGAAAGAAGUGAAUAAAAUGGUAGUUGAGGUAAGUAGUACAGAAGUACCUGCCUCUCCAGUUGCUGAGAUCGCCUCAACUGAACUCCCUCCGUCAACACCAGCGUCUCAACUACUGACACCUCAACCGUCAACGGAGGCAGCAAAUCACCAGGUGGAGACUAUGGGGCCAGCUGUUCGUGGGCUUCUUAUGAGUUAUGGUCUUUCACCAAAGGAAAUCGCACACUCAGGCCCAAAUAACCAGUUGCUAAAAGGGCAAGUGAUUGCAUUAGACGUGCUUUCAUAUAUCGCAUCAAAAGAACUACAACCUAAGCCCGUUUCUGUGCCCUUGCCUACCUCCACUUCACAGCCAGCUGAGCCACUCAUCUCAUCUACGAAAGCGAUCCCUCUUGGCAUCACUUCCACUUUUGUCGACAUUCCACUCAGUAAUAUGCGCAAGGUGAUCGCCAAACGCCUGAGCGAGUCUAAGUCUAGCAUUCCGCAUGCCUACAUCAAAACGAUCUGUUCACUCGACAAACUAAUCUCCUUUAGAAAAAAAUUGAAGGCUGAAAACAUUAAGGUCUCUAUAAACGAUUGUAUUGUCAAGGCCUGUGCUUAUGGACUCCGGGUAAGUCUGCGAAUUGGCAUUUGUCAAUCAAUUUUAGCUUGUCUUUUUGUUGCCUAG